AUGAGCCAACUUCUAUGUGCUGCCAUCACGGCAGUUUUGUUAGCUCCACCUUGCUUGGUUUCAUCACAAACAACUCCUCUUUUCCCCGUUGCUUGCGAGCUCAAUAUUCUUGUUGUACUUGAUCGAUCUGAUUCGGUGAAAGGUGGCUUCAACAAAUCGAGAAAUUUUGUUCUUGAUGUCUCACAAGAACUCCAAAUUGGACCUGAAAAGCAUAGGGUGGCAAUGAUUGUUUAUUCUGGUCCCACAUAUCGCCGUGAAGUGUUCAAAUGGAACUUUGCCAAAAACAAUGAGGAGUUUCAUCAGAUUUUGUCAAGCUUGCGGGCGAUUGGUGGAACCACAUCAACAAAAAGGGCUCUUGAAAUAGCAAAUAAUUUAAUGGAGACAAGGGAUCAAACGGUGGCAACUUUAAUUAUGGUUGUAACAGACGGACGAUCAGCUGAUGAUCCUAAACAGCCAGCAAUAAAAUUGAGGUCCUAUCCAAACACGUGGCUUUUUGCUGCAUCAACUGGUGAUCCAGAGAAAGUAGACAUGACUGAAUUGAUGGACAUUACAGGAGAUGAAAAUAAAAUUGUUACUCAUCGAGGAAGAGAAUUGGCUACUGAUAUUGCAAAGCGAAUUUUAAGAAAGGCCCAAGAGAAGUGCCGUACAACAACGACAACCACUACUACAACCACCACUACAACCACCACUACAACCACCACUACCACCACUACUACCACAACAACCACGACUACCACUACUACAACCACCACAACAACCACGACUACUACUACUACUACCACCACCAAUCCAAUAACAGGUUGUGAACUUGAUUUGGUUUUUGUGAUGGAUCUUUCAACAACCACCAGUCAUAUUUAUUCAUUUUACAAAGAAAUGGCUGAAAAGAUCGUCAAAGCGUUGAUCAUCAGUCCUAGACACACAAGAGUGGCUUUGGUUGGCUUUUCUUCAAUUGGUCGAACAAGGACGGUAUUCAAUUUGAAGAAGUUCAAAUGGUCUGACCAAGUGAUCCCGGCCAUUGCUGAAUUGCAAAGUGCCGGUGGAUUGACUGCUAUAGGAACCGGAAUUCAAGAAGCGAUGAAACAAGGUGAAAAACUCGAAGGAGCAAGGCCCGAUUUGGCAACAAAAGUAAUGGUGAUAUUCACAGACGGAUGGAACAACAAAGGACCUGAUCCGGAAAUGGCAGCAAAAGAAGCACAUGCAAAAGGAUGGGAAUUGUUUGCUGUGGGAUAUGCGAGUAAAAAAUUCAACGGCGAAGAUGUUCCGCUCCAUGAAGUGACAUUGAACGUUUUGGGCACAGAUGAAACUCACAUUUAUUCGGAUCAAAAUACUGAUCAAAUGAUUGAAAGAAUUCGAGAAAGAAAUGCCAAAUGUUUUGAAGAGCCUCUG